UGAGUGCCAAGAGACGAUAGCCCACCAUCUGACUGUUUCAUAGCCACAAAGGGCUGGGGAUUUCCUUUUUAGGAGGCACCUCAUGUAGUUACAUACAAUGCCAAAUGCUGAUAAAGCCCACUUGAGUCAGGGAAUAACCAGAAGAGUGCAGUGCUGUGACUUUCUACCAGCAAAAGAAGAGGAGCUGAGUGAAUUGAGUAUUUAAAGGGUGAGGCAGGUAGGCACCUCAGCGUACACUGAGCAAGACAUGGAGAACUUCCAGGCGGCAAUGGUUCUGGGAGGAGUUGGCGAUGCCCUGGGUUACCGAAAAGCCAAGUGGGAGAACUGUAUUUUGGGGGCACGCAUCCAAGAGGAGCUGAAGUCAUUGGGGGGUCUCGACAAUUUGGUUUUGGAUGCUGAUAACUGGCCCGUCAGCGAUGGAACAAUCAUGCACAUGGCCACGGCUGAAGCACUUAUUACAGAUUAUUGGUCCAUUGAAGAUCUCUACAGGGAGUUAGUACGAGUUUACCUUGAUGCUGUUGUGAAAAUCCAGGGGCGACAGCCUGAUCCUGCCACCUUGGAGGGCUGCUCCCAGUUAAAGCCGGACAACUAUUUACUGGCCUGGCACACUCCAUUCAAUGAAAGAGGGUCAGGAUUUGGUGCAUCCACAAAGGCAAUGUGUAUAGGAAUGCGCUACUGGCAGCCAGACAGGCAGGAGACCCUGGUGGAAGUAAGCAUUGAAGCGGGAAGAAUGACGCACAACCAUCCUACUGGUUUUCUAGGCUCUCUGUGCACAGCUCUGUUUGCUUCCUAUGCACUGCAGGGCAAGCCACUCGUCGAGUGGGGACGUGAGAUGAUGAAGGUUGUCCCAGUAGCUGAAGAUUAUUGCCGAAAGACAAUCCGUCAUAUGGCGGAAUAUCAGGAACAUUGGUUUUAUUAUGAAGCAAAAUGGCAAUUUUACCUAGAAGAAAGAGGAAUUGCAGAAGAUGGCCAAAAUAAACCCAUUUAUCCCGAUCGUUUUGAUCCUGAAGAAAGGGAUAAAGUGUAUAAGAGAUGGAGCUCUGAAGGCAGAGGAGGUCGGAGAGGUCAUGAUGCUCCUAUGAUUGCAUAUGAUGCCCUUCUGGCUGCUGGUGGUGACUGGAAAGAAGUCUGUAACAGAGCGAUGUUUCAUGGAGGUGAAAAUGCAGCUACAGGAUCAAUUGCCGGCUGUCUCUAUGGACUGCUUUAUGGACUAAAACAAGUGCCUGCAAACUUGUACCAGAAACUUGAAAACCGGGAAAGACUGGAAUUCCUUGGGGAACGUCUCUUCAAAGCAUCCAGUACUGACAAAGACCACAUGGAAUGUAUUCAGGCCUAUGAUUUGGGACAGGAUUUUUCAGCAAUAAAGCGGAUGGCCUACAACCGGUUAACCAAUCCAGGAGUUGCUGAAGUCCUCAAAAGUCUUCUUCUCUAUUUAACUGAACGGCUGGGCUGCAGCUCAGUAGACAAAACGGGGCCAGCACCCAUAGCAGGUAGCAAGGAGCAUGGAGGCAGACCACACAAACCAAAGAAAGACUUUGCCAAGCACCCCACCACCUUUCAGCUUCUACAGGCAAGAUUUAUGAGAGAGAAUCGAGAAACUGCCAAGAAAAAAACACGAGAAGUUGGAUCACUGCUCUUGAGGGAGAACCGGGGUCCACCUUUCGGAUUGUGUGUGACUGAAUCCCUCAAAGCAAAAGGACGAGUGAAUAUCGAAUGGCAAGGACGAAAAAAAGAGAACAUCAACACAGUCAGCACUAAUUGGAAAAAAAAUGUUAGCUGUCAAAAGGGCACCGUUCAGAAAAUUCUCAUGAAGUUUGCAGCCGCAGAAGAGAAUGCCGAAAAGAAUUUGAGAGAACAGAAAAUAUCAGCAUCCAACACUAAAACAGGUGGCAAAAACACAUUUUUGGACAAAAUAAUUGAAAGGUUUGAAACACUGAGCACUUUGCACACUGUCACUUAUACGGCUGCAUCUCUGAAACAGAAGAAAACAGAAGGGAGAGAUGUACAAGUUUUGAAGCGAGCAACCAUUGAGCUGCACCUCUUUGAAGCUACAGAAAUAUGGAGUCACCCUGUACACCACAACACGACAGCUUCUGUGGAAUUAAUGCACAGUGUGAGCUUGGCAGUGACAACUGAAUGUCCCGCGGGAUGGAGCAGGGUUGAUGGAACUCACAAGCAGUCAUGGGUAGUGAAUACAGCCACAGAGAAGAGAACCUGGUAUGCUACUGCCGCAGGUGCCCUUGAAUCCAAUGAUAUCAUACAGUUUAAAUCCGCCCCUUUGGAAAGAGAAGACAGGAAUAGCCCAGAAAUCACAAAGAACGGAAUGCCCAGACUCAUGACUAAUCAUCUCAACAAUGUCUGCCUUAAAAUAGAUACAAACAAAGAAGAAGCAGAGCUUCUUUCUAAUCUCAAUAGCUCUUCACAUCCAGCUGACAUUAAAGGCUUCUCUGAGGCCAUUCCUCUGUUAUCUCCCUUUUAUGAGCUCUCCCUUCUGGGGCCCCAAGAAAAAAUCCACCAGUCCUCCGACUGGAAAGGUGUUAACCAAUCCAGGAACCCAGCAGUUGGCCAAUUUAAAUCCCCAGCACAGGAUGUGCAUGGAUUCAAGAAUUUUGAGAGACCGACUCUACUGGAUGGAGACUCUGGAUUAGUACAAAGCCAUGUGGAAAAAUCUUUACAAACAGCCAUCACAAUUUACUUGCCAGAGAUUGAAGUUGAGGAAAGCAGUAACCACUGUCAUCCAGAAGAAAAUCAAGCAACUCCUGCUUUGGAACCUGAUAACAAAGAUAUAUUGUGGCUUUCAGAUGUAACAGUUCACGAACUACAACUUUUAGUUGCAACACCAGUGCCUAAGAAUCACAGUAUCAGCACUCAAAAUCAACUCCAACUGAGAACAGAGACAGAUAUAAACCAGGAUGAGUCCAACAAAACUUGCAAGGAGCUUAAAAAUAAGCAAAUCACGUGUGAACAGAUAACUGGGAAAACUGAAGGCCCUGCCAAAACCCAGGAGGAGAAAGAAAUACCACAGGAGUUAGUUGGGUGUGGAAUCAGUGAGUCUUAUCAGGGGGAUCUAGUAAGCAUAUGGGAUGGCUACAAGUCAUCGUCCUAUAGCACCAUGCCAAGUGAUAAAGGGUGGGAAUUAAACAGACAACAUAUGAGUGCACCUAGCAUUAGCACAAACAGAAAUGUGCAACAAGCAGAAGAAAAGAUUAACAAUGGAGAGAGUGCAUUCAAAUAUAAAGCAGAAAGUUACAGCGAUGCCACAGUAUCCUCACAAAAGUCAUUCAAGCCAAAAAUUAUUAGGAUAACUGACACAUUUUCAUUUUGAUAUGUCCCAAAGUAAAUUUAUGAUUAAACAUAAACUUUUAUGCUUUAGCAAUAACCUUCAGUAUCUUUAAACGUUCAUUUCGGUAAGAUCUUUACAUUUUCGGCAACUCAGUUUAGACCAUGGAGGUGUUGAAGUUCUGCCUGGUUUAUAAUAAUCAGAAUUAGACUUUGCCUCCAAAAUCCAGUCUCAGGCUUCAAAUGAAGCCUUAAAAUAAAAAAGGCCUAACCCCAAUUUUAAAAAAGCAGGUUUUGUGCCCUGCACAGGCCUCAUAUAGAAGUAAAAAGUUAAAAUUUUUAAGAAGUCUGCAAGACUUCACAGGGAGGGAGGAAACUGUAAAACCUCUGGCC